AUGUCAAAAACCAAGUCUUUUGACGAGUCUAUGAAUAUCGCCCCAUUGCCCGUGGAGGCUGGCGAAGUGGACGAUAUCUCUAAGGAUGUCCAACACGACGCAGUGUUCGGUGAUAUCACUGAGGAUGGGCCAAACUACCGCAAUGUUGGAUGGUUGGGAACUGCUAUCCUGAUGAUCAAAACACAGAUCGGUCUCGGUGUCCUUUCUAUACCUUCGGUUUUCGAUACUCUGGGUCUGAUCCCAGGAAUCAUCAUCCUUAUCACAGUCGGAGGUAUCACAACUUGGUCGAACUAUAUCGUCGGUGUUUUCAAAGUCAACCAUCGCGAGAUAUAUGGUAUUGAUGAUGUUGGAGAGCUGCUGUUUGGUCGUUUUGGUCGUGAAUUCUUCGGAGCUGCUUUUACCCUCUUCUUCACAUUCUGCUCAGGCUCGGCGAUGCUAAGUGUGUCCAUUGCCCUGAAUGCCCUUUCCAUGCACGCGAUUUGCACUGCUAUCUUCGUUGCCAUCGCUGCAAUCAUCACAUUCGUCUUCUCGAGUAUCCGUACCUUGGGACGUAUCUCAUGGCUGGCAUGGAUCGGUGCAAUCUGCAUCAUUAUUGCAGUCUUCACGGUUACAAUCGCCGUGGGAAUUCAAGAUCGACCCAGCGCAGCACCCCAGCAAGGCGUAUGGAAGUCGGACUACAAGCUUUUCAACAACCCCAGUUUUUCAGAUGCCGCUUCUGCAGUCUCUUCCCUCGUUUUUGCAUAUGCAGGCACACCCGCCUUUUUCUCGAUUGCAUCGGAGAUGCGUGACCCUCGACAGUACACGAAAGCACUGGUAAUCUGCCAGACAGUCAUUAGUACCGCCUACAUCGUUGUCGGCAUAGUCGUCUACUACUAUUGUGGAUCCUACGUCUCUUCGCCCGCCCUGGGCUCUGCUGGCCCCGUUGUGAAGAAGGUGGCAUACGGAAUUGCACUUCCCGGUCUACUAGUGACCGCCAUCCUGUUGACACACAUCCCAAGCAAAUACGUUUUUGUCCGUAUUCUGCGUGGUUCUAGCCACUUGACCUCAAACUCGGCCACCCACUGGAUUACAUGGCUAUGUUGCACGUUCGGUGUCACCCUGACUGCUUAUAUUAUUGCAAGUGGUAUCCCAGUCUUCGGUGGCCUUGUGUCUCUGGUCGGCGCUCUAUUAGGAACCGUGCUCUGCUUCCAGCCUAUGGGUUUCAUGUGGCUGUAUGAUAACUGGACCAAGGGCAAGCAGGAGCAGACGUUGAAGUGGCGUUUGAUGGUUGCAUGGUGCAUAUUCGUCAUUGUUUCUGGUACCUUUUUGGUUAUAGCUGGUACUUACGGGUCGGUCGUUAGUAUCGUUGAUUCAUAUCGGGAGGCAGGAGGAACUGCGGCCUGGAGUUGUGCUGACAACUCUGGCUCGACUUAA